CAUCGUUUAUGGCAGUUGACGUGCCGUUACCUGUUCACUGAUGUUCGCUUUAAAAUAACUUUUAUAUGAUUUGAAUCGAGGCUCGCAAGAUGCUGGCCUUCCGUGAUGUCUCCGAUGCGAAGCUAGUUACUUUCGUCUACUUAUCGGUAUUUUUGCCGUAUAGUUAUGUCAAUGGAGGUGCCACGCCGCUCACGCAAGAUAAUAUUUCUACAACAUUAGUAUCAAAUGAAUUAGUUAUGAUUAAUUUCUAUGCGGAAUGGUGCCGGUUCAGUAAUUUGCUAGCGCCUAUCUUUGACGAAGCCGCGGACAAGGUCCGGGAAGCGUUCCCUGAACCAGGGUUGGUGGUUAUGGGCAAAGUGGACUGCGACACGGAGUCGUACUUAGCUUCCCGGUUUCACAUUACAAAAUAUCCAACCCUGAAAGUGAUAAUGAACGGUCAGACAACUAAACGGGAGUACAGAGGCCAGCGUUCGGUAGAUGCCUUCGUAGAGUACGUAAAAAGGCAACUGGAAGACCCCAUUAAGGAGUUCCACGAUAUGAAGGAUUUAAACAACCUAGACGACAAGAAGAGAAUGAUCAUCGGCUACUUCGAGAGAAAAGACAUCCCUGAGUAUCAAGUGUUCCGGAGGGUGGCCACAAAUCUCAAGGACGACUGUCAAUUCCAUGUCGGAUUUGGGGAUGCAAGCAAAGCCAUGCAUCCUCCGGGUCAGCCCAUUGUCGCCUUCCGGUCGGACAAAGCGUUGUCGAAUGACGAAGACGAGACCUUCAAGGGGCGUCUGCAGGAAUACGACGAAUUAAAUAUAUGGGCGCAGGAGAAGUGUGUGCCUUUGGUCAGGGAAAUUACCUUCGAGAACGCCGAAGAGCUAACGGAAGAGGGUCUUCCGUUCCUCAUUCUCUUCCACGCGCCCGACGACCUCGAGAGCGUGAAGGCGUACAAAGACAUUAUCUCGAACACGCUGAUCGUUCACAAACAAAACGUGAACUUCCUGACCGCCGACGGCGUGAAAUUCGCGCACCCGUUGCACCACCUUGGGAAGAGCACGUCGGACCUGCCGCUGAUAGCGAUCGACAGUUUCCGCCACAUGUACCUGUUCCCGGACUUCCAGGACAUCUUCGUCCCCGGUAAGCUGAAAGCUUUCCUGGAGGACCUAUAUUCGGGGAAGCUUCACCGAGAGUUCCACAACGGGCCCGACCCGAGCAGCAGCGACGACUCCCAGGUCACGGGACAAGUCAAGACCCCGACGACCCCUCCGGAGUCCACCUUCAAGAAACUCGCCCCAAGUAAAAACCGGUACACCUUGCUCAGGGACGAACUCUAAACGGUGCGGUUGGAUGUCGUGGCCUCGACGGGAGAAGAGAGGAGGCGGAAGAGACGAUCGGAGGAUCGGUCGCGAGGGGAGAACGUCUCUCGGAGUCGUCAGGACUUUAGGGAACGAAGGGACCCGGAUGGAGUACCGUUCCAGCCGUGACUGGUAACUCGACUACGAAGUGGACCUUCAAACCGUGGAAGCCGAGGACACUUUUUCCGACCAUCUUCCCAAGGGAUCCUGCAGGAACCGCUCCCAGGCUCCGGGAAGCCGCGUCGACCUAGCUCGCGCCCUCUCUCUUUGCGUUCUCCUCUCGUUUCGUAUUACCUUAGUAAUCGAGAUUCCAGGGCGACUUACACGUUGCGAUCUAAACGCGAGCCUGGAACCCGGCUCUUAGGAUAAACCACUGUGAGAUAGAUUUUAUACGUCCGUGCAUACACAACGUAACGCGUAAGUUACCGAAAUGGUGGAAGGAAUAGAGGAUCCGAAUUAACUAGAAAAAAAAGAAGAAAAAAGCGAAAAAUACGGAGGAAAUGUGAAAACGGGUCUGCUGUCGGAUUGUGCAUUCGGACGCGACUUCGAGGCAGGAUUUAAUCCUGUGCAGGUUUGAAGUGCACGACAAAAGUCGCCGACGAGGUCCGCCAUCUUUGUCUUCGCAGGACCUCUCGAUCAAACGAUCUGACGAAGGGAACGCUAUGAUAUGUACUGGGAUACUUUUUUUUUCUCUCCCAUAACUUUGACAAUGCCUCGGUCUUCGCCGAGCGAUUUUCCGCCGUUUAACGCGCCGUUUGAAUUUAACCGUAGACUUGUCAGAGCCCCUGAGAUUUUUGCCCGAGUGAAAUCGACGCUUCUGAGAUUUCCUUCCCGUGUGUGAUUAGAUGACUGUACAUACAACCGCGAGAUUAAUCAAUGGAUUUUCAAAAGAUUUCACCGGUGAGUUUCCUUCGUAAGGGUGACUUCAGCGAAGCCGUAGGUGCGUAGAAAAUCUGCUCGGUCUACGAGAUAAUAAAGAGAGGUUGUAAUCAGACUCUUCAUCGAUUGGUUUUGGGUGACUUGGCCGUUAUCGUUUCUUUUUUUCCAAUUUGGUUUUGGGGAUUGUGACAGCGCUUUUUUUAAUUUCUCUCUCUCUCUCGAGAAACCAUUCCAUCGGCUUGUGUGAUUCGAAAUAGGCUCUAAGGAAAUCCGCGAUUAGCGUAUAGAGACGCUGCCCGUGUGACACAUUGUACGGAUGACGGUAUUAAUUUUAACGUUAAUAAACACUUUCUAAGUCAA